AUGGCUUCUUUUCAGGACCGUGCCCAGCACACCAUUGCUCAGCUCGACAAGGAGCUCUCCAAGUACCCUGUCCUCAACAACCUGGAGCGCCAGACCUCGGUGCCCAAGGUCUACGUGAUCCUGGGUUUCGCGGCUGUCUACUUCUUCCUCGUUUUCUUCAACAUUGCGGGCUCCUUCCUCGUCAAUGUUGCGGGGUUCCUGAUUCCCGGAUACUACUCUCUCCAGGCUCUCUUCACUCCUGGUACCUCUGACGACACCCAGUGGCUUACGUACUGGGUUGUUUUCGCCUUCUUCACUGUUCUUGAGAGCGCAAUUAGCGCUGCCUACUGGUUCCCCUUCUACUACAUCUUCAAGUUUGUCCUUAUCCUCUGGAUGGCCCUGCCCCAGACCAACGGUGCCCAGGUUGUGUUCCACUCCUUCCUCCAGCCCCUUCUUGGCCGCUUCUUCGCUAGCGGUUCCACCUCUGCCAACCUCCGUGCUCAGGCCGAUGCUGCUACCAAGCCGCACUCGACCUAA